AUGCCCGCCUCAUUCAGCACCCCCGCCGGCCCCGCCCUCGCAGGAACAGGAAUCCUCCUCGCCGCCAGCGGCAGCGGCGUCCUCGCCGCCGUCUCAGCCAUGGUCGUGCCGCGGCUGCUCGAAGCGCCGUCGUCAAGCCUGCUCCUGGCGCAAUGGCAGCGCACGUUCGCGCGCGGCAAGGCCGUCAUGCCGGGCCUGGCCGCCGGCGCUGCGACAUCUUUCUUCUUCGCUGCCGCUGUCGUCCCGCGUGGUGUCGGGGGCCGCCGACUGUUCGUGCUCGCCGGCGCGCUGUGUGUGGCCAUUGUGCCGUACACGUGGGUCGUCCUCAUGCGCACGAACCGGAUGCUCUUGGCGAGGCUGGCUGCGGUGGAGAGCGACAUCAAGGCUGCGGCUGCUGAGGGCGGGGAGGUGGUGGAGACGGAGGAGGAGCGGAGGAGUGAUAAGUUCCUAGUCGAUCGCUGGGGGCUGCUGAGUCUGGGCCGGGCCGUGUUGUUGGCGGCUGGCGCGGCGGUGGGGUUGGGUGCUGCGUUGUGA